GACCAAGUAUUUUGCCUGUUGCUCUAAAGCGGAAAGGUGGAAUAAGAGUCGGGAGCAGUAUUUUUUUUUUAUUUUUUACAUUGAACAAAGUUCUCUAUUGAAAUAUCUUCUCUUCUCCAACAUACCCACAUAACCAAAAGGAUAACACAACUCUUCUUCUUCACAGGAAUAGGGAAAACAAAGUGAUUAACUUUUAACUACAACGUAAAUCACGCGUGUCACCGUCUUAACUAUACGUUGGUGGAGAUCUCAUUUCCCAUGGCGGUUGAGAAUUCGUGUUUGUCCCAAGAGGUGGUCCGUUUCUUUCUUCUGUCGUCUGUCAGAUAUACAAGGGGAUAUGAUUUGAUGUUGGCAAGGAGAAGAGAGGAAGAGAGAGCGGCAGCGGCAGUAGGGACAGAAGGAGAACUCCAGGUCCAGCAGAACAGACACACUGCUGGGAUAGUCAUCACCCUUUCAGCGCUAACUCCAGAUCUCCAGAUGACUAUGGGAAUCUUUAAUAGCAGUUAUAUUAAGAAACAAAAAUAAAAGCCGCAUUCUCCUGCUGGUAUUUUUGAUAGCUGAGCUGGACGUUGGACGCUGGAUCAAAACAUGACUUUAGCCAAGACUUUAGGGAGACGUCUGGUGGAGGAGAGCUAGUGAGGAUGCCACACACAGACACACACACACACACACACACACACACACACACACACACUCCAGCUGUAUCGCCUUGCUGUAUCCCCUUGCUGUAUCGUCUUGCUGUAUCCCCUUGCUGUAUCCCCUUGCUGUAUCCCCUUGCUGUAUCGUCUUGCUGUAUCCCCUUGCUGUAUCCCCUUGCUGUAUCGCCUUGCUGUAUCCCCUUGCUGUAUCCCCUUGCUGUAUCGCCUUGCUGUAUCCCCUUGCUGUAUCCCCUUGCUGUAUCGUCUUGCUGUAUCCCCUUGCUGUAUCGCCUUGCUGUAUCCCCUUGCUGUAUCCCCUUGCUGUAUCCCCUUGCUGUAUCCCCUUGCUGUAUCGCCUUGCUGUAUCCCCUUCCUGUAUCGCCUUGCUGUAUCCCCUUGCUGUAUUGUCUUGCUGUAUCCCCUUGCUGUAUCCCCUUGCUGUAUCCCCUUGCUGUAUCGUCUUGCUGUAUCGUCUUGCUGUAUCCCCUUGCUGUAUCCCCUUGCUGUAUCCCCUUGCUGUAUCGCCUUGCUGUAUCCCCUUGCUGUAUCCCCUUGCUGUAUCCCCUUGCUGUAUCGCCUUGCUGUAUCCCCUUCCUGUAUCGCCUUGCUGUAUCCCCUUCCUGUAUCGUCUUGCUGUAUCGUCUUGCUGUAUCGUCUUGCUGUAUCCCCUUGCUGUAUCCCCUUGCUGUAUCCCCUUGCUGUAUCCCCUUGCUGUAUCGCCUUGCUGUAUCGUCUUGCUGUAUCCCCUUGCUGUAUCCCCUUGCUGUAUCCCCUUGCUGUAUCCCCUUCCUGUAUCGUCUUGCUGUAUCGUCUUGCUGUAUCCCCUUGCUGUAUCCCCUUGCUCUAUCCCCUUCCUGUAUCCCCUUCCUGUAUCCCCUUCCUGUAUCGUCUUGCUGUAUCGUCUUGCUGUAUCGUCUUGCUGUAUCGUCUUGCUGUGAUUGUGAAACUCCCAGGGAUAUUACGUCUGCUGAACUUGAUUCUAGACAGAGAUCCUCCUCCCAUCAAAUGUUUAUACUAUAGUACCUUCCUACUGACCACAUCAUCUGUCUGAACCAGACCUUCCUACUGACCACAUGAUCUGUCUGAACCAGACCUUCCUACUGACCACAUGAUCUGUCUGAACCAGACCUUCCUACUGACCACAUGAUCUGUCUGACCCAGACCUUCCUACUGACCACAUGAUCUGUCUGACCCAGACCUUCCUACUGACCACAUGAUCUGUCUGACCCACACGUCCUUUUUCCACCGAGCUUCCCCCGCUACUGGUUCUCCCGUAUCGUCCGUAGGAGGAAGGGAAUAGGUGAUUAGUGCCGCCAGGCGGGCUUAGCUGUCUCUGAUUCCCUGCACUCACAUGCCCAGACCUUCCCACUGACCACAUCAUCUAUCUGACCCAGAUGUGUCAUAGUCAAUGAUAAUUCAUAGCUGCAUCAAUAUGCAGACAUAUCCAUCAUGUCCUUAUUGCUUUCAGAGAAUGAUUAGGAGUUGAAUGACAUUAACUGCAUUGAUUAGAGAGUACUCACCAAUGUCUGCUGCAACAAAACUAUACUGCCUUAUAAAGGCAUAACGCAGAGUAACUACACUAUACUGCCUUAUAAAGGCAUAACGCAGAGUAACUACACUAUACUGCCUUAUAAAGGCAUAACGCAGAGUAACUACACUAUACUGCCUUAUAAAGGCAUAACGCAGAGUAACUACACUAUACUGCCUUAUAAAGGCAUAACGCAGAGUAACUACACUAUACUGCCUUAUAAAGGCAUAACGCAGAGUAACUACACUAUACUGCCUUAUAAAGGCAUAACGCAGAGUAACUACACUAUACUGCCUUAUAAAGGCAUAACGCAGAGUAACUACACUAUACUGCCUUAUAAAGGCAUAACGCAGAGUAACUACACUAUACUGCCUUAUAAAGGCAUAACGCAGAGUAACUACACUAUACUGCCUUAUAAAGGCAUAACGCAGAGUAACUACACUAUACUGCCUUAUAAAGGCAUAAACGCAGAGUACGGCAUUUUUUUACAGCUAAAUUUGACUUCAAAUAUUUAUCAAUCAAGACAGACUACAAUUUGUGAUACUCCAUUAUAUAUUCUGAUCAACUGGCUUGCUCUUGUGUCAGGAAACUAAAUCCCACAUUAAUCAGAUAAUGUACCUGGCCAUUACAACAGAUCAAAGAUUUGUUUUACCAAAUUCGUAGUUAUUGCUUUUUGCCUUUUGUAUGGCAGUAUAGUUGUCUCAUUAUUUGCUGUAUAAGAAGAUGGUCCCAGAACCACAAAGAUCCUAAAUAUUACUAUGUUCCAGAACCACAAAGAUCAUAUACAUUACUAUGUCCAGAACCACAAAGAUCCUAAAUAUUACUAUGUCCAGAACAUCCACAAAUGCAUUUAGGCCAUAGGUCACAUGCAGUUUUGGGGAAGCUACUCUGAAAAAAACUGGUUUACCAAGCUACCAAUUACUUUACACUAAAAUAAAUUAAGAUACACCAAAGCUACCCUCAAGGAAAAUAUAGUUUACUGAACUAAAGUUACUUUGAAUAAGUAGUUAACAAUGAUCAUAUGUACAUCUGAAAUGGCAAUGAUCACAAAUUGCUAGAAAACACAUCACUUUGGGCUCAUAUGUUAAUAUAAUGUGUAAUUUAGCCUAUUAAACACAAAAACUAUAUUUCAAGGGAGAAUUAGGCCUGUCUGAUGCCGAAAAAGUAAUAAAUCGUAUAUUCUUUUUUUGCAUAAAAAGUAGUGUGUAGUUCCAGUAGUUAGCUACACCCCUACAUGGCAGAAGAAUCAUGAAAUACUGAUAACACUACUUAGAUUUGAAUUUAGUUCAACUACCACCAAGCUACUGUAAAAUGUACUUUAAUUACUAGUUGAACUACUUGUAGGUCGCACCUCACCAGCACUGGUCACAUGGAAUAUGAUUAUAAUAUAUGAAUUGGUAAAAAGGUGGCGCCAUCUUAAAAUAACCUCAUAUACGUGCAUUCAAUUCAUAUUCAAACGGCAAUAGUACAACACAUCAGUGUGUGUGUGGAUUGAAUCGCAAAUCCAGGCGUUCUCUCAUUCAUAUGAUUGCAGCACAGGCCUCGGCGCCUCUCUAGUGAACUCACAACGGCUUCUAGCGGACAAACUUGGAACAGCAGCAGGGAAUAAACCUUUUUUUCCCAAUUGACUGACUGAGCAUCCUCUCGCAAAUUCCUGAAGCCAGUCUGGUGAAUAAAUAAGACCAUAUUUUCGCUCUAGGAAUUGAUUCGCAUUUCCAUAUUAAUCCAAUUUUCUCCAUAAGAAAAUAACACUCAUAAUCAGUUACCUAUUUUGGUGAGACCACUAUUGAUAAGCAAGUGUAAGAAUUAAGCAUAAACUUAAUGAAACGUUAGCAAAAAGGUUUAAAGAUAGAGAAGAUUAUUAUUAUUUUAUUUUUUCCGAGAACAUUUCAAACUGAUGAGUAAACCAAUAACCGGAAAUGAUGGUCUAAUAAAGGUAUGGAUCCGGUCAUGGAAUUCGGCCUCUGGAAUGUGGCGCGUUUUUUUCUAUCUCCCCUCUCCCCUUGUGCGCUUCUGAAUGGGACUCAGUGCGCUCCAGCGGCUCUACUUGCUGUGAGGUAAGACCAUAAGCUCAUCCCUUUUCCCUUCCACCAUCUGAUUGGGCGAGACGCGUUCUUAGGAAUGUCAUGAAACUAUUUAAAUAGUACUUUGUCCCCUGGCUUACAGUUAGGUUCUUAGCUUCAGAUACCAGAGAGAAGAUUUUGCCGUUCAAUUAAAGCAACACAAGAAACGUACUUUCUGCAUCUUAUAUCGGACUUCUUUCCAUUAAAAAUUAACAAGAAAUUGUUUUUAUCUUGUGGAUUAUUAUUGGAUUUCCAUUUCUAUUUGGAUUUGACUGUUUCUCUCUGCUGUUUUCAUUCAACAGG